GUUCCACCAACUCUUGCCGACAGUGGCACAACCCAAGAUGACCAAGACAGAGCGCAUCUCGUUUUCCACGACCUCGCAUCAGCAGGAGGUGUCGGUGUAUGGGACUGCCAGUCCUGUGGAUAACGAAGACCUGCCAAGGGUGGUGCUUCGCUCCCGCAACAUCUUGUCCAAACUUGCAGUGGUCGGUGGCUCCCUCUUGAUCAUGGGCUGCUUGGCGGUGGUGGGGCACUCGCUUCCACGCUCCAGCACCCCCUCUGUCAAGGCGGCGUCCGUCAAGCCCCCUGCGUCAAAAGGAGACCCGUUUGCCGCGUUCCGCAAAGACAGCCGGGCGUUCUUAGACGAGUCGGUGGACCCGUGCCACAACUUUUACCAGUACGCGUGCGGAGGGUGGCUUGAGACGGCGACCAUCCCGGACGACGCGACAAGCGUCGACACGUCGUUCUCGGUCGUGGCUGCCGCGAAUACCAAGAUCAUCGAUGACAUCAUGACCCGCCGCCCGCCAUUGAUUGAUCCGCUUUACCAAUCGUGUUUGGGGGGGAAAGACGUUGACCCGCGCGCGAUUGAAGCUAUCUCGCUCAAGCUCGAGCACUUGGCGAGUUUAACGAGCGUGGCGGACGUGGUUGCGUACGCCGGUCAUCUCUAUGCGGUCACGGGCGCGGUGUCGCUGUUCAGCUUGGACGUGGGCGCAGACGCUAAGAACGCGUCCAGUAACGUGUUGACCGUCGGCCAAGGGGGCCUCACGUUCCCCGCCAAGGAGUACUACACGGACUCGCACAAAAGAUCGAAGUACUUUUCGCUCUUUGUCACGUACGCGCAAGCGUUGGGCCACGUCAAAGCGUUUCCGAAUCGCAACGUGUCGCAGUUUGCCCACCGCAUUUUGAACUUGGAGGCGUCCUUUGCCAAUGUGUCCGAGUCGAGCGCGGCGCUGCGGGAUCCAUGGGCGCUUUACAACCCCGUGGCUGUGGCGGACCUCCCUUCCAAAUUCCCGUACGUGACCAAGUACCUUCAAGGCGCGGGGAUUUAUCAGCGACUGGUCGACACCAACGCCACGGUCGUGGUUGAGGUGCCGUCGUUCCUCACAAGUCAAGCGGCCCUUCUCGAGUCGCUCACAGAUCUCCAAAUCUUGAAAAGUUACGUGGGAUUUCAUCUCCUGGAUGCGCAAAGCCAGAUCUUGGGCGAAUCGUUCCGCCAAGCGAGCCACAACUUCCACGGCACGCUUCGGGGCCUCGUGCGGAAACAAGUGCGAAAGGACUUUUGCUUUACCCUCACGCAGUCACUGUUGGGGGAUGUUGUUGGUCAGUACUACAUGGACCAGGUGUGGGAUACCCAGACGAAGGAAGCGGCGAAGCGGCUGGUGCAAGAGAUUGAAUCGUCGAUGGACGAUAUUUUGCAGCGCGAAGCGUGGCUCGACGAGGCUACCCGUGCCCAAGCGAUGACCAAACUGCACCAAGUGUUCAAUUUGGUAGGGGGUCCCGACGACGGCGCCGUGCCUUCGCUGCCGUUUAACAUUUCCGCGACGGACUUCUGGUCGAAUGUCAUGCAUUUCAAGGGGGUGGCCUUCCAAGCAACGUUGGAUGGCAUUGGCGCACCAGUGGACCGGAAUGGAUGGGGUAUGACGGCGUCGACCGUCAACGCGUACUACGAACCCAGUGAGAACAAAAUGGUGUUCCCGGCCGCCAUCAUGCAACAGCCAUUCUACAGCGCCCGCAAACUCCCCGACGUGGCCAACUACGCUCGAAUCGGCAUGGUCAUGGGCCAUGAGCUCACGCACGGAUUCGAUGACGAGGGCCGCAACUUUGACAGCCAAGGCAACAUGCACGUGUGGUGGAGCGCGAACGUCAGCCACACGUACGACGUCAAGGCCAAGUGCCUCGCGGACCAAUACUCCACCUUUGACGUGCUCACGCUGGAUCAGACCAAACUCAUUGGCUAUGUGGACGGGCAGUUGACAUUGGGUGAGAACAUUGCCGACAACGGGGGCCUCAAACUGGCGUAUUUGGCCUACUUGAACUCGAAGCAUGGUGCUAAGGAGGUCGAAACGCCCGCGGAGAAGCAAGCCGACGCCCAGGCAUACUUUGUGGCGUUUGCCCAGGGGUGGUGUGGCAAGCACACGGACUCGUACGCGGAGCUGUUGCUCGCGUCCGACCCGCACUCCCCCAACAAGUGGCGGGUGAAUGGUCCCAUUAUGAACUCGCAGACGUUUGCAGAUGCAUUCCAAUGCCCAGUGGGUGCACCCAUGAACCCAGCCAAGAAGUGUAUCGUGUGGUAGCUAAAUCCUUGGUUCUGGUAAGGCCACGUAAUAUACAUAUGACGUGCACAUA